AGCUUCUCUGCCUCGCCCCCCCCGUUAUUUUUGAACCAAGCCAAAAACUGCCCCAUCGAAAGCACAAAUCGGGAUGUAGUUAAGGUCACUCUAGUUUAAUUGCCCUUUUGGGCCCCUUAAACACUGCGCGCAGAAGCAGCCGUAUGCCAUAUUUACUUGGAGCGUAGCCACGUUGCCUUUUUGCCUUUCGAAGUCGACCCGUCCUCUGGGCAGAGAGUGGAUGUGUGUAUCCAUGUCCAAUCUUCUUGCAUCCCUCCAUUUAUUUAGGGUGUGUGUGAUGGUUUUAAGAAAUCGUGAGGACUUGAGUGUCGGGAUAGUGUUUUUCAUAACCCCCCUCCCCCAACCCUCGGGCACAGCCCAGCGGACAUCCAGAGGAAGCCGAGGGUUAGGAGCUCGUGACGCAAGAGUUGAUCAAGAGCUGGGCUACGCAUGCGCAGCCUUUGUGACGACCUUCCCAUUGCUAGGAGGCUCUCCUUCACUCGGCGCCAUUUUGUCGAUGCGAUCGCUUUCCAACGUCGGCUGGUGAGAGGAGACGAGGUUGUGGGUGAAAGACGCCCCGUGAAGUGGCAUCGACUCCGAAAGGAGCAAUGCGGUAUUCAAAGCACAGUAACUACUCUGACUGGGAAGAAAAACAGAGUUGGGAUCCUAAAAAAGGCAGCAGCAGUCAUAAGAGAAAAAAAGAAUCGUGCAGCAGUACACAUGAGAACAAGCGCUGUAGAUACAAUCAUAUCCAAAUUUAUGAUAGCCUUUAUUCAGAUGCCAGCUCCUUCCAUGAAAGAGACCAUCAUGAGCGAUGUUAUGUUGAAGAAUACAGACACAACUAUAGUCAGUUGUCUGAAACCAGGCACCAAUGCAGAGGCCAUGAAAGUGAUUAUCACAACCACAGUAGCAAGUCAUCAGGUCAUAGUGGCAGAAGCAGUUACAAAAGAAAACACAAGGCUCAUCAUAGUAAAUCCCAUCAUUCACACACGAGGAAUCACCGAAGGAAAAGAUCGAGGAGUGUAGAGGAUGAUGAGGAGGGUCACCUGAUCUGUCAGAGUGGAGACGUACUAAGUGCAAGAUAUGAAAUUGUCACUAUUCUGGGUGAAGGUGCCUUUGGAAAAGUUGUGGAGUGCAUUGAUCACAAAGUGGGUGGCAGGCGUGUAGCAGUAAAAAUAAUCAAAAAUGUUGACAGAUACUCAGAAGCAGCUCGUUCAGAAAUAAAAGUAUUGGAGCAUUUAAAUGCAUCUGAUCCUAAUAGCACAUUUUGCUGUGUCCAGAUGUUGGAAUGGUUUGAACAUCAUGGCCAUGUUUGCAUUGUGUUUGAACUGCUGGGACUUAGUACAUAUGACUUCAUUAAAGAAAACAGUUUUCUGCCAUUCAGUCUUGAUCACAUUAGACAAAUGGCUUACCAGAUUUGCAAAUCUGUAAACUUUUUGCAUUCAAACAAGCUAACUCAUACAGAUCUGAAGCCUGAAAACAUACUAUUUGUGAAGUCUGACUACAUAGAAGCAUAUAAUCCUAAACUGAAACGCGAUGAGCGCACACUGAAAACUCCAGAUAUCAAAGUUGUGGAUUUUGGAAGUGCAACAUAUGACCAUGAACAUCACAGUACUCUUGUGUCUACAAGGCAUUACAGAGCUCCUGAAGUUAUUUUGGCCUUGGGAUGGUCACAGCCAUGUGAUGUUUGGAGUAUUGGCUGCAUUCUUAUUGAAUAUUACCUUGGAUUCACAGUAUUUCCGACCCAUGACAGUAAAGAGCAUCUGGCAAUGAUGGAAAAGAUGCUGGGGCCGCUGCCAACUCAUAUGGUCCAGAAAACCAGAAAACGCAAGUACUUCCACCAUGACCAGUUGGAUUGGGAUGAGCAUAGUUCUGCUGGCAGAUACAUUUCAAGACGUUGUAAACCGUUGAAGGAAUUCAUGCAGUGCCACAAUUCUGAUCAUGAAAAUUUAUUUGAUCUCAUACAAAAGAUGUUGGAGUAUGACCCAGCCAAAAGAAUUAUUCUUGCAGAAGCUUUGGAGCAUCCUUUCUUUUCUUCAUUAAAGGAGAAAUAAAUAACAUAAAUUCUCUAGGUGACUAUAGACUGUGUCAGUCAAAAAGCAAAUAAGAUUUUUUUUAAGUAUUUAUUUUGUAAUUAGCCCUGUAAAUCUUUUUCAUAUUGUGUUGUCCAUUAACUUGACACUUGAAAUAAAACAUUUGACAGUAGAA